AUGUAAUAAUUGAUAGAAAAAAAGCCUUUUCAAAUGGAAUGUUAACGAAAACAUUUCAUAAAGGAUAAGUUAUAUCAUCUUCUUUUAGAGGAUAGUUGCAUAAAAAUUGCUGAGGUAAGAAAACAUCCAACUAAAAGAGACAGUCAUUUUUCAGAAUAGUAAGUAUCUACUUGAACUAAAUUUUGAAAAUAUGAUUUAUUGGAAGACAGAGCAUAACUAACUUGUUGCAUUUGGUAUAAAGUAUAAUAAAAACCUGAAAUGGUUUCAUGCUAGUAACUCUGAUUUAUAGCAUUUAUAUAAACACUUAUGUGGGAAAGUGUUCUUUGGAAAUAUUUCUUCAAUAUAUGAAAGUAAUGAAAUAUUAGGUUCUGGGGCAUCAUCAAAAGUAUAUAGAGUUUCUAAUAAAAUAACACAUGUAGAAUUUGCAUCUAAAUGUAUUCGUAAAGAUUACAUCUAUAAAAGAGAAGAUAAAGAAAGAUAUGUAACUAUUUAUAUGAGAUAGAAUCGCUUAAUUUAAGAAAUAGAAUUAAUGAGAAAAAUAGAUCAUGAAACAAUUGUUAAAAUGAUUGAUAUUUUCGAAGGAGAAAAAUCAUUUUAUAUUAUACUUGAAUUAUUGAAGGGUGAAUCUCUUCAUUCCUUUUCGAAAAAACAUACAUUAUCGCUAACAUAAAUUCGAUAGAUAAUAAGUGUAUCAAUAUAAUCAUAUGAUAGAGAUGUUUAUAAGCAUUAUGCUAUUUGGACUUGAAUAAUAUAAUUCAUAGGGAUUUAAAAUUAGAAAAUUUAGUUUUAAAUGAAUAAGGAAAAGUAGACACUGUUAAAAUUAUUGAUUUUGGUCUUGCUAUAUAUGCAUCAAGUUCUAAUAGAUAAUUAUGUGGAACUCCAGGAUAUAUAGCUCCUGAAAUGUUUAUAGAAAAAUACCCAUAUACAACUAAAGUAGAUGUUUUUAGUUUAGGAGCUAUUUUUUAUAAAUUAUUAUGUAAAAAAUCCUUAUUUACUGGGAAUACGAGUGAUGAAAUUUUAGAAAAUAAUAAAAAAUUCUUAUGUAAUAAUCAUUUAAGAAAUUGUAAUGAUUUAACUAUUGAUCUAAUUAAGUAAAUGCUUUAAAAAGAUCCUAAUAAAAGAAUAUCAGCUUAUUAGGCUUUGUAACAUCCCUUUUUUGGAGAUAAAAGCUCUGGUAUUGAUUUAAAUUAAAUUUAAUAGAGUUGGGAAUAGCUGAAGAAAGUCCUCAUGAGAUAGUGAGAACAUUUCCUCACACAAAACCAAUGUAAAUAAUAAACUCUAAUGACAAUAUUGCAGAUAUUAAAAUUUAAGCUAUUCGUGGAAGUUAAUAAAGCUUUGAACAUUUAGGAUCUAAUUAUUUUCCAUCUUUUGAUGAAGGUUUUAAUAAACCAAGGUGUGGUAGCGAUCAUAUAAUUGAAUGA